AUGGAUGGAGGCGGCGGCAGCAAAGUCCAGACGUUCGACCCCUUGGCAUUGGUGGGCAGGAAGAAUAAAGGCCGCGCCUCGUCUACCACCAGCAGCAGCGGCACGACGUCUUUAUUGGAGAGACAAGAGAGCUUAGAAGGAGAAUUAGAAGAGGGAGUGUCACUGGAGGGAACGGACGAGAAAGACAACACGAUUUACAAGGCCAUGCUGGUGGUGGUAGCUUUGUUGUGGGGCUCUAACUUCGGCGCGCUCAAAUACUUGGACACCUGCGGUGUGGACGUAUCUUUGCUCACAAGCAUGCGCUUUCUCUUGGCCUCGGUGGCGCUCUUACCCUUCUUAUGGGGGAAAGGAAUGCCGGUCUUGAAGGCGGGGCUGGAGGUGGGCCUGUGGGUCACCCUGGGGUACAUCACGCAGGCGAUCGGCCUGGAAACUACGGAGGCCUCCAAGUCCGCCUUUAUCUGCUCUCUGACCGUGGUGGUGGUGCCGCUCAUCCAAGGUCUGCUGGGCAAGAAGAUCGCGCCCACCACCUGGACCGCCUGCGGCCUGGCCGUCCUCGGUGUCGGGCUCCUGACCUUGCAAGGCGCCACGGGCCCCGUGAUUGGAGACUUGUGGUCUCUAGGCCAGCCUCUGGGGUUCGGUAUCGCCUUCAUGCGCAUCGAGCACUACAUGAAGCAGCUCCCUGGCAAGGCCAUCCCCCUGGCGGCUGCCCAGAUGAUCUCAGUCUUCGGAGUCUCGGCCGUAUGGGCCGCCGUGACGACCGGCAUGUUCCAGAACACGGGAGACCUGAGCAUCCUCUUCGACACGCCCCACUUCCUCUCUCUCCUCUACACGGGCCUGAUUUCGAGCGCCCUGGCUGUGGUGAUCGAGUCGGCGGCCCUGGAAUACGUCUCCUCGGAGGAGACCUCGAUCAUUUUCUCCACGGAACCCCUCUUUGCCGCAGCCACGUCCGCCGUGGUGUUGGGAGAGCGCUUGAAGCCUUCGGGGAUACUGGGUGGGUUCGUGAUCCUUUCCGCCUGCCUGCUUACCCAGGUGGACCUGACCUCUCUGGCCACCGUGCUGCCUAUCCUCUCCCGAGUGGCGGACGAGGGCAGCCAGCGUACGCAGGACUGA